AUGUCUGAGUAUUCUAACAAGAAGACUCGUGGUGCCUUCGUUGCUGCAGUGUUUGCCAUGCAGGGUUUUGGCAGAAACAGACUACAUUUUAGAGGUAAGAAUGUCUUCAUGGAGGGAAAUUAUGCCGCACAGAGAAUUUUUGAAGCCCAAAUCUAUGUAUAUGGGCCUAUUGCUCUUAAGGCCUUCUAUCUUCCAUGGGCAAUGCUUGCUUUGGAUGUCAUUUAUGGCUAA